AUGACCCUCGGAACCUGGACCCAAUCACUCAGCUACAUAGGCCUCGCAACCCUCGCCUACAUAACCCUCAAAUUCACUCGCCAAGCCACAACCUUCCUGCUCCCAACAACCCUGACCAAACGCUACAACAACAAUGCAGACCAACCGAACUGGGCGCUAGUCACGGGUGCGACAGAUGGGAUCGGGCUAGGAUUCAGCCAGGAGCUAUGCGCACGCGGAUUCAACGUCAUUCUCCACGGCCGCAACCGCGCCAAACUGGAGCAGCGACAGCGCGAGCUGCGCGCGGAAUUCCCGGAGCGGGCGACGGCGAUUAUUGUCUGUGAUGUGCAGGAAAUUUCUGCUACAAAGAUUGAUAAUAUCGCCAACGAAGUACAGACGCACCUCCGCACGCACGAUGGCAGCCCCAGCGGCAGUCUGACAGUACUGGUGAACAACGUCGGAGGUGAAACAAGGCCGUCGACGCUGUUAACCGAGUACAGUUUCUUCGAUGUCGAAGCAACAAUCCAUCGCAACCUCGUCUUCACGACACACAUCACGCGCGUGCUGCUACCACUCCUGCAUUCCGGCGGGAGACCUGGUCUCGUGCUCAACGUCUCGUCCAUUGCUGCCGUCGGUAUGCCGUAUAUCACAGUGUACAGCGGGUCCAAGGGGUUCGUGGACUCGUUUACGCGGUCGCUGCGCGCGGAGGUUAGUGCCGAGGGAUUACCUGUUGAGGUGAUGGCGCUGCGGGUCGGCGAGGUCCGGACGGCUGGGUAUGAUAUCGCGCCGAGCUUGUUUGUGCCGACUGGGCGGACGCUGGCGGCGGCGGGGUUGAAUCGCGUUGGGUCGGGACAGGACCUGGUCUGGGGGUAUUUCUGGCAUUGGGUGCAGGGGGUGUCGUUUGAUGUGCUGCCGCGGUGGAUGUUGAUGACGAUUGCGGAGUACAAGUUGAAGGCGCUGCGGAAGGGAAUGCAGGAGAAGGCGAAGAAGACAUAA